AUGAGUGAUUCAGCUGCAUCUGAAUAUGCCAAUUCAGCGCCUGUAAAAGCAAAAGAUAACAAUGAAAAAAGCGAAACAAACUCAUCUAUCUCAACCGAUACACACUAUAGUGACAGAGACCAUGCAAAUACUAUAACCACUCAGCUGAAGAAUGAAGAAAAUGCCACUAAAAACAAAAAAUCUAAUAUUACUAAUUUAUUAUUGAAUAAUGACUCUAUUUCAUACAAAGAAUUAAUAAUCAAAGAGUUAAAAAUUGAAAACAAUAGUGAUGAGCAUAAGCAUCUAAUUAAUGGUAACGAUGAAGAUUUUAAUAAUUUUGUCAAGAUAAAAAUAAUAAAGAAAACUCAAAAAUUAGAAGAAUUGAAAUCUCAAAAUCUGGAUAAAUUAAACAUAUUGCUAGAUAAAUGUAUGAAAUGUGAUAAAUUUGACAAUGUUACAUUGAAUAAAAUUUUUAGUCUCAUUCAUACCGCUGAUGAUCGAAUCAUGGAUACUGUUAAUUUUGGAAAUAAAGUUUCGUCCUUACAGAGAUCUUCCAAAUCGAAGGUACCAUCAAAUGUGGAUAAAAAAAGGAAAUUGGAAAUUUCAAAUGAGAAUACACCAAAACUUGCUAGUCCUAGAGGGUACGAACUAUGUACAACUGAAACCUCUUCAAGAGAAAAAAACAGUGAUUUAUCACACCAAUUUAAUAAUUCUACACGACCAUACCAAUUACCUGCCCCUAAAAUACCGUCAAGCAAUCAACAAACAACGGUUUCCUCUAAUUGGCAACAUUAUACCGAUCCAAAUGUUGCAUAUAGUAACACAGGCUACAUUGCUAAUCCACAGCCUCAAAAUGUACAUCUUCAAAAUUCACCUAAUGUAGGUUAUUACGUGUCUCAAACUCCUCAACCUACUCAAUUGUAUUCUUCACAAGCGUACAAAAUUUCGCAAAAUAGACAAUAUCUGAUGGUACCUCAACCAAUCAGCGAAAAUCUAAACCGAGUUGAUCCUAAUAAUACUUAUGGUGUAGAGAAUCCAUAUUAUAAAGUUCCCAUGUCACAUCCUAAUUUUUUUCACCAACAACCUUUAGCUCCUCCAGGUCCCCAGACUUCUCCAUAUAGACAACCUUUACCACCCAUCUCCAAACCUUUGAAAAAGGGUCAUAGAAGGACUCAAAGUGCAUCUGUAUCAUUUGGAAGUUAUUCAAAUAAUAAUAUUGAAUUUAGAUCCCCUCAAACAUUUAAUAAUUCAAAACCUGUGAAUUUCUUGAUACAUACCCCUAAACACCCACCACCUUCAUAA